AUGGCAGCGCGGGACCGGUUUGGUGUCUAUGCUGAACCCGUGCAGUCCACUCUACAACGCUACAUCCACAACGCUUGCGACCCACAAAACUUCGAACCCAAUCUCGCCUUGAACCUGGAGGUAGCGGAUCUAAUUAACUCCAAAAAGGGCAAUGCCCCUCGAGAAGCUGCUAUUAGCAUAGUACACCUCAUAAAUUCUCGGAAUGCAAAUGUUGCCCUGCUCGCCCUUGCACUUCUUGAUAUAUGUGUGAAAAACUGCGGAUAUCCGUUCCAUCUCCAAAUAAGCACCAAGGAGUUUCUCAAUGAAUUGGUUCGAAGAUUUCCGGAACGACCCCCCAUCCGACCCUCGAGGGUACAGCAUCGAAUUCUAGAGUCGAUCGAAGAAUGGCGGCAGACAAUAUGUCAGACUUCCCGAUACAAGGACGAUUUGGGCUUCAUCAGAGAUAUGCACCGCCUGCUCCUUUACAAGGGCUACAUGUUUCCGGAGGUCCGCCGCGAAGAUGCCGCAGUUUUGAACCCGAGUGAUAAUCUUCAAUCUGCAGAAGAAAUGGAAGAAGAGGAACGGGCCGCCCAAUCAGCGAAACUCCAAGAACUCAUUCGAAGAGGGAGCCCUGAAGAUCUUCAGGAGGCCAACAGGUUGAUGAAAGUGAUGGCAGGCUAUGACACGAAACAUAAAACGGAUUAUAGGGCAAAGGCCGCUGAAGAGGUUGCCAAGGUCCAACAAAAGGCAAAGAUUCUGGAGGAAAUGCUCCAGAGGUACAAGCCUGGUGAUAAAAUAAAUGAAGGGGACGUGUUUGAGGAACUCGCCAACGCACUACAAAGCGCCCAUCCGAAAAUCCAAAAAAUGUGCGAGGAGGAAUCAGACGACUCAGAAGCUGUUGCUAAACUUCUUGAAAUCAACGAUAGCAUACAUCGGACAAUCCAACGCUAUAAACUGGUGAAGUCAGGUGAUCUAGAAGCUGCAGCCAAGAUUCCCAAGGGGACGCUGGGGACAAGCACAGGCGUCAAGAAGACUGCCGAUAAUGAAUUUUCUUUAAUCGAUUUUAGCGCCGAUGCAGAACCCAGUUCCAAUGGUAGUACAAUCGCUAGUACAUCUCAGCCCCAAGCUCCCAAGUCUUCAGAGGGGGACCUUCUUGGUCUUUCGUUUCAAGAUAAUUCACAACCAGAGCAUGGUGGCAUAUCCCUAGGAUACGGCUUUAAUUCGAGCCCUUUGGCGUUCCCCGGAUUUUCGCCCUCAUCACAACCUUCCGGAAACCUGUUUAACGACCCCAACCCCUCCGCCACUGCUGUCUCAGUAUCAAACACACAGUCCCCUGCACCUCUUCUAACUUCAAUACAGCAACAAAUAGCCACCCCUCCUCCAGCAGACCCAUUUACAUCUCUAGUCUCGGCACGUUCCCAGACUUCAUCGCCUUUCCACCAACUUCAAAGCUUUAUGGGAACUAGUCACUCACCAUCAGCAGCCAUCCUCGACCUGGCUCAACCUGUGUCUCAACCAGCUGCCCAGACGACAGCGUCGACAUCCACUGCAGGGGAUGAUGAAUGGACCUUUGCCUCGGCCCUUCCAGAGGAUAGCGCACCUAGUACAAGCAAGGUACAAGUCCUGAAAUCAUCUAUCGGAAUUGAUUUCAUCUCAAGUCGGAAUGCAGGGGAGCAGAAGAUUCAUGUGGUAGUCUCCUUUUCAAGUAACACCAGCCAACCCAUUUCUGAGAUCCACUUCCAAGUCGCAAUUGAGAAGGCAUAUACCUUGCAACUUACACCACAGUCUGGACGUCAACUAGCGCCAUUACAGCAGAAUGGAGUACGUCUUGAAAUGCACUUGGACGGCAUACCCCCCGGGAGCGGUAACUCGGUUAAGUUGAGAUAUAAGGUUUCUUAUAAAUUGGGAGCGGAGUUAAAAGAAGAGCAGGGGCGGGUACCUCCUUUAGGCAUAGCUUGA